AUUACACGGGCGAGGAUCGGGGCCAGGGCAGCUGAGGUCACUUGUGCUUCUGGGCCUCUGCCGCUUCCUCUUCCAGGGAUAUAAAGGCUGGUUGGAAGCACUUGUAUUUAAAGCAUGCUUGGCUGCCUACAAAAGCUAAAAAGGACAGCUGGACGAGGCGAAGGUGGGGAAUUAAUGCCUGGAGAGGAAGCGGGGGAACCCUCUUUCGAAAGGAGGGCCUACGCCGGGAGACGAGCGGACUAUGGCGAGGGCCCGCCUGUGCGCGCUGUGUUUGCUGUUGGCUGCCGGGGGCGCUUCGAAGGGUGCCGAGGGUGAAAAGUGUCAGCUUUGGACGUGCCGAGCUGCGUCACCGGCCAGAGCCUUCGGAUGUCCGGAACGGCGCGACGGCGCGGACGCCAAGUUCUGUUGCGGGACUUGCAGCUUGCACUCCCGUUGUGCCUCGGAAGAGGCCCGCCUUGACCAGCAGAGGUGCCCCCGCGCCCUGCACCUCAAGGCAAGCACUGCCGGUGGUCUACAAGCUGUCCAGCCCCUCCCUGACGAACGGCUUCCGGGCUGGAUUGAAUUUUUAUUUUCCUUUCUGAUAGUUGGUGGCACUGUUGCUCUUGGUGCCUCGUGCUAUUACAAGGGAAGAUGCAGAAGGACUCGCCGUCGGAGGAGGAGGACUCGCUAUCGGAGGAGGACUCGCCAUCAGAGGAGGAAGACUCGCCAUCGGGGGAGGAGGACUCCCUGGUAUACAAACCAAAUCAGUGAGCACCUUGAGGAGACCCAGAUGGAAAAUCUUCGCCAUUGAUCACACAAUAUGAUUGACAUUCCUCCCCCUUAUCCUGCAGAUUCACUACUGUAUGACCCACCACCAUAUAGUGACACGUUCCCUGAAGACAACGGAUUUGCCCUCUCCAUGCCGUGUUUGCCCUAUUGGUUAGUUUCAUUGUCCAUUUUGUUCUGGAAAUGGAGAUGAUGCUGUUUCAGAGCCUACUUUGUAACUGGAGCCACUGCUUGACGAGUGAUGUACAGAAAGGGUCAGAUCUGUCUGUAAGGCUAUUUCUGGAAUCCCAGGCUGAAUCAUCACAUAUUGCUUUAGGAUCCAGGAAAAAAUGACACUUAAAAGGGCUUCUUUCACCCUGAGCUGGAAAGCUCUGCAUCUAAAAGAAAGUAGCAUCUCCAUGGGAUGAUUGUGUCAAAGACUCAAGUGCAGGUGAAGGAACUGCUGUCAAGCCAGGCAUUGCAUGAUCAAGCCUUUUCCUUGAUGGGGAGAGCUAGUUCUUUCUGCAAGCUUAGUGGUUUGUUCACAGUCUAUAAACAGGCAAGCAGAAAGGUCCUCCAAACCAACACCUUGGACUAGCCUUUCCCAACCAGCGUGCCUCCAUAUGUUGUUGGACCACAACUCCCAUCAGCCUCAGCCAACAUUGCCAAUGGUCAGGAAAGAUGGGAAUUGUGGUCCAACAACAUCUGGAGGCACACUGGUUGGGAAAGGCUGCCUUAGACCUUCCUAGUAAAGAUAAGGAUGAGUGUUAUUGAGCUGCCCUAUGCUAUGCCUGGAUGGGUAAUGCCUAGGUUCACUUACUCUUGGGCAAACAUACUCUAAGCUAGCUUACCAAUGAAGAAUUGAGUUUGAGUGACUGUUCCUGCUGAAGGCAUAACAAGCCAGGGGCAGGUCUGCAUAGUUAUUAUGGGAGGGGCGUACUGUAUGAUACUCCAUGGCCUGUUUAAAAUUUGGAAUUGUGACAAUCACUUCUGUGUAUUACAUUAACCCUGAAGAGGCAAAACAGGCAAGCAGCAAUGUGUGCCUCUUGAGUCAAAUGCUUCUGAGAUGCAGGAAGCUGUUUUUACUUAGCACAAACACUUGUCAGAUGCAAGCUAUUAAAUAUAGGUGUCUGACCAUCAAUAAAAUUGUGUAUAAUACGUUGGUGAGAACAAAUAAGCCUUCAUCAUGUACAUGUAGUGACCUUUAGUGCUCCAUGGGGAGGGAGUUCUAGGACUGGGGUGCCACCAUAGAAAAAGCCCUGCUCUGUGUUCUACCCCAAGAAG